UUUUCGAAAAUGGGGGGGGGGCCAAGACAUUUGAACCACCCUGCACAGUACUGUAUUUUCGUGUAUGAUUGAAUUCGUGGGAUUUUGUACUUGCUGAUAAUAUGAACAGAUGCAGGCACCCACAAGGACAAAACACAAAGGCACGAGACACGCCAAGUAGAAUCAGAGCUAAAAAUACAAGUACAGUACAUGCAGGCAUUACACUGGUCAACACACUUUCUGACACAAGGUAUUUCUACGGUUUUAAUGUAGUUUGGGGUGCUGAUUCCAAAUCUGGCAUCAGUUUUUGUCUAUCACAUCAGGUUCUUGAGAUUAUCAAUUAUUGCAUUUUCAAUAAAAACUGCAGAAGAAAAAUAUUAAAUAAAUGUGGAUAUCUACAUAAAAUGAUAUUAUAAACACUAUCCUAAAAAUACAGCACCAUAUUUUAACACUAAAGCAGUCACUGACUCGCAUCAACUUGCAAUCAUAAGUGAGAGAGUUAAUUUCGGGUAAAAUCAAUGAAAAUGGGGUAUGCCGAUAGCAUAAAAUGAGAUGUGAUAGAGCAAAUCUGAGAUCAGAUUUGGAAUCAGCACCCUGAAAUUAGUCUAAAACAGCUGCAACAUUCCAGGCCAGAAAAAAAUGUUUUUUUUUGUUGACCAGUGUUAUUAACCACGUCGGCGUUGCUCACACCGGGGUCAAGGGCACAAAGCGAGGUCCUAUUUUCCUCCGGCAAGACAAUAACACACCAAAGAGGGGAAGGAGGAAAGGCUGGUGGGGGUGCAUGUUUUCGGCCUCUGAAAUUAAGAUAACGUUCGUGCCGUCGAUUGUCAGAAUUGCGUGAGGUCUGUAGCCCGAUACAGCCAAACACCACCCCGCCGGUGCCCCCUCGCGGUCACCCGCGAGACAAGAUGAUGGAAGGAGGUUUCCUAUGUUUUUCGUCCACAUAUGAAGCGGCUCCCAGCGACAUGCAGACCUACCAGAUCUGCACGGUCGGCUCGAGUGGACAGCAGGGGGUGAUCAUGGCCACCGUGGCCUCCCCCUCGGGCCUACAGGGCGGCAUGUACAUCGGGGAGGAGGUGACCCGCAAGCGAGAGAUCCGGCUCCUCAAGAACAGGGAGGCAGCUCGGGAGUGUCGGAGGAAGAAGAAGGAGUACGUGAAGUGCCUGGAAAAUCGCGUCACCGUCCUUGAGAAACAGAACAAGACCCUCAUUGAGGAGCUCAAGGGGCUGAAGGAUAUGUACUGCAACAAGGCCGAAUAGCCCCAGCAAAGUCGACCACCGCUGCCCAUGGCACCGCGCGUGUCCAACACUCGCGUUGCUCCAAACAGCAGCCCCAGUACAGGGGCAACUAAGCCGCUUGACAUACCACACAACGCUGAUGCUUGAAGUACUCUAGUGGGAUUACACAUAGCAACACCACUGCCUACUGGCAGACCGUGUUAGUCUCAAUCUUAGCGUCUUCACGAUUUCCCUGCUCUCCUCAGAAUUGCGCGAAUUCCAAAUUUAAUUAUGAUUAUUAUUGCCGCCGCACUGUAACCCACACAACUAUUAAUUGACAAUCCUUCACAUUGGUAGGCUGACAAUUAUAGUAAAACCAUCAGUCAAGUAUUUUGUAUUGAUAUUUAUUUGAAGAAUUUUGAUUGUCAAAGUGAGAGAAAGCUAAGAAAAUGUUCAAGUGAGGUAAUGUGCCUCACGUAACCUUAAAGGGUACACAUUCACACAGUAAACUGUUUAAAGAGUUAAAUGUUUUUAAAGAACCUGCUUAUGCCAAGAGAGUUUAUAUUUAUUAAAGAAUUGUUACCGUA